CACUUUACAAUUUUCCUAGUCGAUUCAUAGCAACUGCAAAAAUGUCUGCUACUUACGUUCCAAGCGAGAAUAAGCUAGCCAAACUGGUGCUGCACCCGAAGCUGGUGUCCCCUGUAUCAUCCAGCGGCGAUCAGCUCACAUCCGAGUCGGUCUCUCCAGCAUCCAGCAUCUCAGUGGAAGAGGUGCAACCACAUUUGGGACUCAAGCUCGAAGCUCAUCGCCGCUGGAAUGCGUCUCUACCAUUGGGAUUCCUUUGGAGCGUCGAGCGCGUGGAGAUCAACGUGACGCGGACCGAUGCAGACAACGAGUUGGUGUUUGUGCUGGAGGUGUUUUUAAGUACACCCACGUCGCGUUUGCCCGUCAGCACACCAAGUUCGAGUGAAGAGCGCGCAGCAGCAGCUUGCCCAGCUUUCACGGUAGAGCACCGAUUCAGCGACUUUGAGGAGCUACGGAAAAGUGUUUCUUCCUGUGUGAGCAUGGAGCGACAGUGUUCCUGUAUGUAUUGCCUCAAAUUCGUCGAGUACAUUCGAUUCUCGAGCUCCCAACCACGCGGGCUGGUCAAGCGGUUUGCUGGCGAGCAAAAACGCAAACAGGUGCUACAGACUUUCAUCAACGACUUCGUUACGAUGGGCCAACGACGAGUACGAAAGACUGGCAAACGAAAGUGUCAAGCACAGCAAUUAGUGCCCAACCUCUUGAGCGCGUUCCUACUUCAGGGCAAUGUGCAUUAGGUGUCGUUGUCAAUAAUUAAGCGAAGAAAAUAUCAUUCCUAUAAGUUUCGUGGUACAUCCAAA